UUCGGAUGGUGAUACAAAAUUACAGAGAAUUUUAACAUUGAAGCACACAAUCGCAGUGAAACAGAAAAUACACAACAUUACAAUUUACAAGAAGAGCAGAGUUUGUAGAUAAAGAGCAGACAGUGAAAGAGAGAAAUUCAAAGAUGAUGAUGAAGAGACUGAUGAGGACCUUCUGUCCAUUGAAAUCUCAGUUACUACUUGCACAUUCUUCUGGUAAUUUCACUUGUUGCUUUGAUUUGUAUUCGCUUUCUCGCUUCUCCACUAAACCAAACCCUAAUAAUUUCCCUUAUUCAUCUCAUCCAACUCAUGCUCGACUUCAACAUCUACUCCUUGAGAAAUCCAAGGUUGGUUUCGAUAAACUCGAUGAUGCUCUCCAAGUGUUUGAUAAAAUGCUCAGUAUGAAACCUCUGCCUAAUGUUAUCGACUUCAAUCAACUGUUAGCCGCCCUUGUUAAAAUGAAACACUACUCAGUAGCUGUCUCUGUUUUUAGAAAGAUGCGUGUAGAAAGCAUCCCUGUUAAUGUAAUUACCUUUAAUACUCUCAUUAACUGCUUUUGUCACUUGAAUCAUGUCGAAUUUGCCUUUUCAUUACUGGCUGGAAUUAUUAAGUACGGUUUUGUUCCUGAUGUGUUUACCUAUAACACUCUCAUCAGGGGCCUUAUUUCCCAAGAUAUGCCUCAUGAGGCUCAGCUUUUGUUCCAGAACCUCAUCACAUUUAAACUUAUUCAACCCGAUGUUGUAACCUAUAACACAAUCAUUGACGGCAUCUGCAAGAGAGGGAAUCCUUCUGUGGCUGUUAAGUUGUUCAAAUAUAUGGUCAAGAAAGGUUGCAAGCCUGAUGCCGUAACUUACAACACACUUAUUGACUGUUUGUGUAAGCAUAGAUUGGUUGAUCAAGCAUUGGGUCUUCUCCACCAAAUGACAAGGAAAGGCAUAUCCCCAAAUGUUAUAACCUACAACUCAUUAAUUCUAGGUCUGUGUGACAUAAAUCGAUGGCAUGAUGUCAAACUAUUGCUCAAGGAGAUGAAUGUUAGGAACAUUUCUCGAGAUGUUUUUACUUACAACAUAUUGGUUGAUGCGUAUUGCAAAGAAGGAAUGAUUGAAGAUGCGGAGGAUGUGAUAGAGUUGAUGACUCAAAGGGGCCAUUGUCCUGAUGUAGUAACAUAUAAUGCACUAAUGGAUGGAUACUGCUUGAGGGGAGAGGUUGAUAAAACAUUAGCAGUGUUUGAAAGCAUGAAGAGAAAGGCAAUAUUGCCUGAUACACUUAGCUAUAAUAUCCUCAUCAAUGGUUAUUGUAAAAAGUUGAAAGUGGACAUAGCAAUAGAUCUUUUUCAACAAAUGCCCUCUGAAGGUUUAACCCCAAAUACUGAGACUUACAAUACUAUACUGCAAGGUUUUUUUCGUGCGGGUAGACAUGUUGAAGCACGUAAAUUUUUUAAGGAAAAGAUGAUGCUGAACAAAGGUCUUCAGUUGGAUAAAGUGACUUGCGCUAUUUUAUUGGAUGGUCUUUGCAAGAACGGUUGUGUUCGUGAAGCACUGUCCUUUUUCCAAAUGAUGGAAUGCAGUGGGCUAGUUCCUGAUAUAUAUAUUUACACCAUUCUGAUUGAUGGAUUAAGCAAAAACGGACAACUUGAAGCAGCAAGAACUCUUUUUAGCAACCUUCCUGCGAAAGGUCUGCGACCUAAUGUCAAGACAUACACAAUGAUGAUCCAAGCAUAUUUUCAUGGAGGGUUAUUGAAUGAAGCGACUGAACUAUUCAGGGAAAUGGAAGCUAAUGAUUGCUUGCCUACUGAUGUCACAUACAACAUGCUUAUCCGUGGUUGUUUACAUAAUAAGAAGUACUAUGAAGCAGGUGUAUUCCUAGAUGAAAUGCUUGGUCACAGCUUUGCAGCAGAUGCAUCUACAGCAUCUGCAUUAGUGGACUUACUUGAAGUGCAAGAACCGGAUCCUCCUCUCCUUGCCUUGCGUGAUAAGUACUCUCCGAUCCAUAAGUGUUUAAAAGGAAGAGAGUGCCCAGGGACAUAAUCUUUUCGAUUUUGCCAGGAUUAGUUCGAUACAAGUGUUGUAAAGUUUGCAGUUCUCCUACUGGUCCUUUGUUGUUUACGCAUCCAGUUUUUUCGAUUUUUUUUAUUGUCUGUAAUCACUAAUCAUCACUCCGAGGAAAUACAACAAUAUGUUAAGCUACUCUUAGGAGUCCCUCAACUCAGUUAAGUUCAAAAAUUUUCUUUGGUUUC